AUGGAUGUUGAUGUAAGCGAUGAAAAUAAUAACUACAUUGAGACUGAUAAUGUUGUUAAUCAUGAAAUAUCAAGUCAAACAUCUAAGUUAUCCCAGAAAUCUUUGGAAAGUAAUACUUCUCGUAUAAUCUCUGAUUAUGAAGAUGAAAUUCCAAAACAACAAGUUCCUAAAAUUGAUCUAAUGACACCAGAACUUGUUGCGGCUUUGGAUAGAGCUAAUGUGAGUAGUAGGUCGGCGACUUACAUUUUUGCUGCUUUAUUAUCUAGCCUAAAUAUUGAUUGUGCAAGCGUAAACUUCAGUCAUUUGACUAUCCAUCGAGCACGGGAAAAAUUUCGCAAAGAAGCGACGUUAAAUCUGAAAACUAAUUUGGAAACUGAUAAUUAUGUGCUACAUUUUGAUGGAAAACUGUUGUCAGAUAUUACAGGUAUAGAACAAGUUGACCGGCUUCCUAUUAUUUUAUCAUCAUCAGGUAAAUUUCAACUGUUAGGAGUCCCCAAACUAGAAUCUGGAACUGGACAAAAUCAAGCUUCAGCUAUUAUUACAACAGUAAAACAAUGGAAUAUUAAUACUGAUAUCAAAGCAUUGUGUUCUGAUACUACAGCGUCAAAUACGGGAAUCAGAAAUGGUGCGUGUGUAUUAGUAGAAAAGGCUCUGAAUCGACAACUGUUAUACUUGCCAUGUCGACACCAUAUUUUUGAAAUUGUUCUUCGAAGUGCAUUUGAAAUAUACUGGCCUGCUUCAUCUGGCCCAAACGUUCCAAUUUAUCAGAGAUUUAAAAAGAAGUGGGAUGAAAUUGAUCAAUCAAACUUUACGGCUGGUAUUUAUGACCAAGAAAUUUUGGAAGUUAUAACACCAAUCAAAGAUGAAAUUUUGAAAUUCGUUAAUAAUCAAAUAGAAGUAAAAUUUUUUAAUCCAGCGCUAAAGAAUUAUCAACUGAUGUUAAAGUGAAACAUGAAAAUUUAU